UUGAUUGUAGCAGCGCUGCAAGGUUGAAAAUAGGCAGCUAGCUGCGAAAUUAGUGUCCGCAGAGACGGUUUUCUUCAGAUAUUUACCUACAAGAGCAAUAACGACCAAAUUAUAACUGCCUGUCACAUGACAUGGACAACCGCUGUUUUUGUUGUGCAUCAAAGUUCAGCCUCUUCAAGAAGGAGCUGGGCUGUAAAAGCUGCGGCCGCUCCUUCUGCUCCAGCUGUUUGACUUUCAGCGCUGUGGUGCCUCGCUGUGGCACCACCCAGCAGAAGGUGUGCAAACAGUGUCACGGCAUUCUGACAAGUGGGGAGUCGCAAAACAGUGCUGGAAGGUGGUCCCCUCCUGAAAAUUACAAAAAACGGGUUGCUGCACUUGAGGCCAAACAGCAGGGACAGUCGACACAGCCUCUUGCACUCGGAGGCUGUAGAAACAGCAAAGCAGGCCAUCUAUCAGCCAAAGGCCUGAGUAAAGAAGAUCAGGCUAUUGCUGAAAGACUUCAGAAGCUCAAAGAGGACACUGCACCAAAGUCUAUCCCCUCUGAGAAAGAGCUUGAGUCUCGCCUCGCUGCUCUGAAAGCUCCCAGUCGGCCAGUACCUUCUGCAGAGGAGAUGGGGGACCGCCUGGCAGCUCUACGGGGUCAGCCUCCACCAUCGCAAGCCUCUCCAGCUGUGCACCAGCCGCCAGGUAACAGGACUCAGACUGAACAAGCCAAUGAUCUGCUUAGUCAGAUGACAGAGGAAGUUGCCAUUGACAACCAGCAAUCAAACCCUGAAUGCAAUUUUGAUGGCCGUAUGAACGAUCUUAACAAGGGGGAGAGGGGAAUACUGGAUGAGAAUUUGGAGGAGAACCAGGAUGCGGUCAAGCAGCUGGAGGUUGAGAAGGCCCGUGUGCUGGAGGAGGCCAUGGAGGAGCUGAGGAAGGAGCGGCAUUCUCAGGAGCAGAUCCUCCGCAUGGCGAAGAGGUUGGCCCAGCUGAAGGGUCAGGACCCAGACAAAGUUACUAUGGACAACUUCCAGCAUCCUGACAGUGAAGAGGAGACUGAGGAGGAAGCUGUUAGGAGAGUGUUAAAACAGCUCUCAGAAGAAGCUGCACUGGAUGAGGCCAGUGGCUACAACAUACCUUUAGAACAGAGUGGCCCAAGGAACAGAGAAAAGAAAAAAACUUCAAAGAAACCCACACAGGCUGUGGCAGCCAAGAGUAGGAUUUCAACAGCUGCUUUAGCACAUCAGUCAUCAGACAGUGAUGAAGAUGAACUUCCAUGGUGCUGCAUCUGUAACCAAGAUGCCACGCUUCGCUGUCACACCUGUGAUGGAGACCUUUACUGCAACCGCUGCUUCAGGGAAGGCCAUGAUAAAUAUGACAGGAUGGAGCAUCGCACCACUAACUACACAGCGCCAAAGAAGAAGAGGAAGACAUGAUAGUUAGACUGUGCUCUCCUGACAAAGAGAUCAAACAGAAGCAGGCUCACUAACAACACUGGAAAUUUCCAGCAACAUUGCAACAUGGGAUUCAAUCAAGGUCAAGAGCUUGUGAAGUUAUUACCCCGCAUAGCAAAUAGUCAGGUAUGUGCCCAGGUGUCAGCGAGGAACAAGGUGUUAAAAUGUCAAACUUCUUUGGCCUGAAUAUAGGGUUCCUUGGGCUCGGUUUGUCAUUUGUUUGCAGAAUUGCACUUUGGGUACCAGUUCUAUUAUAUAAUAAACAAAUUCAUAUAUAAAUAAGUAAAUUUGCACAAUCCUACCUGGAGCCGAGUUCUCUGCCCCUCAUCUGACAGCUCAAGGAGCUCAUCUAUAUCAAUCUCUAACUCUGGGAUCUCUUCCUCCUGUGAGAGCAGAGAGAAAUAAAAGUUAGAGACAAUAUCCCUCUAUUACUAUAUUGCUCAUACUUGUGUCUUCGCAUGCUCUUAAAACUCUUGCAAACGCUGUAUAAUGUAGGCCCCUUGCCCUCCUUUCACUCACAGCGGUAAAACUGUCCACACCAGUGAGCAGAGUCAUUCAGAAGGAAAAGAGAGAGCAAAAGAUGUGAUACGUUCUGGCAAGGAUUUCACCGCUACACAGUAGGAUGUAAGCUGUUGGAUUGUCAAGCUUUAACGUGUCCACUCCAUACUUUGAUCAGCAAUCACCUGAGUUAGUAGUGUUGGUUAUAUCGCAGAAAUAAGGAUAAAUACUGUUUUUCUUCCUGAAUAUUUACUCAUAACAAAGAUGUGAUUGAUGGUGUGCUGUGCACGUGAGCAAAGCUGAAGAGCACUGAGGCAUGAAGGCGAAAGGACUCCAAGAGGCCAUACUUGCCAAAUGCGCCCAUCAGAUUUCAUGGAUGGUUUACCCUGCUGGCAUUUAGCUCAGCCAUUACUGAGAGCACAAUUCCAGUUUUAAUGUUUGCUAAAGAAUAUAUUAUUCUCAGAUGGGUUGUGCCACAUUGUAAUUAAGAUACAAACACAUAGGCAGCAUUUACUGUAAUAUAGUGAACUGCGUUUUUUUUCUAAAAGAUUGUGUGACAUUGUGUAAAGAUAGUAAAAAAAAAGUUAUGAAAAGUAAGAAAAGCAAAGUUAUCAGUUCAAAUCACAAGCUCUUAUCCACAGCUAUCAAACUACAUUUUCAGAGGAUAUAAGGAGAACUCACAAGAGGAAUCCUUAACACUAAGAUAUCUGGAGUCAGCAGGUGCACACUCAUAUUUGACAAGUGGGGCCUCUUUUUAAGAGGAAUAUUUUCCGGUUGGGGAGUUUUCAUGGCUGGUGAGAAUGGGGUUUGCACAGGAUGAGGACAGAGCUAAUCAAUGUGGAAGUGCUGAGUGGCGGAAUACAUGGGCCCACCUUCAGAGUCCCCUGUGCCCUCUCUAACUGAUCCAUUCUGCCAGUUUGGAACCAAUGUGAUUCUGCUGAUGCUGGGUUUUUUUUUGUUUUUUUUGUGCUGUGUGGGCUCUGCUUUACCAGCUCUAAUGCGUUAGACUGUGGAUGGUUCCCGUGUUGUGCUUGACUGGGUUAGUCCAAGUACUGCACUUGUAGGUGCUUUUGUCUUCAUGAUAUAGUGCAGAAUCUUUUAAAUCCAUCCACCUCUUCUAUACUUGCUGCUCAUGUAUUGCUUCUGUAGGCUUCAUUUUAGCAGUAAAGCACUGUUUUCUUAAUCCUGCACUUGCAGCUUUAUUUUGCCAUUUAUGGUUCACUGCUAAAACGCACAGGAAACAGCAGUUUAUUGUAACAGAUUUGAGUGGUUAUUUUAAAAAUCUAUUGUCAGUUUUGUUGACAAAUUAGAUGUAUUCUUUUUCCCUUCUUGGCAUUCCUCUGUAAAUAUUAAUAACUUUAAAUAACUGCUCACAUUUGUUGGGAUAUGAUUGUUCACUUAGCUUUGGCUCAUCUUAAGAGUUUUUUGCACAGAGUUAGGAUUAUUAAUUUGUCCCACAUUAAUUGUAAGGCACUCUAUGUCCAGUAAGUAAAGAAUUAAUGUGAAAAUGAAACCUACUAGUACAUGUGUUUUGAGAGUAAAAAUGGAUAGACUUAAAAAAUAUAUAAACAAACUGCUCCUUUAUUUAUACUUCUCUUAAACCUUCUUUGUCCUCCCUG